ACUUUUGGCGUUGUUCAAACUCCAAAUCUUCGAACAUCAUCUUUGACAUCUGAAAACUUCGUAAUCGCUUAAGCCCACAGAAUACAUUCAUUCACACUUUAAUUUCUCACAAAACCCAAAUCUCCAAAUUCCCAUCUUCCAAUUCUCAAUUCACAAUUUGAAUCCUUUUUGAAGAAACAAUCAAAACCCAUCAAUUUUUUUUUUAUCCCAAUUCAGAAACCGAUGCGACCAAACAUCGAAACCCAUCAGAAUCACACCCAUCGGAAGCCAAUCUCCAUCCUCCCGAAGCGCAUAAUAUUGGUCCGUCACGGUGAAUCUCAGGGUAAUCUCAACUCUGCAACCUACACCACAACCCCUGAUAACAAAGUACCAUUAACAGAAGAAGGUUUGAUUCAGGCUCGAAUUGCCGGUACUGAGCUUCGUAGAUUGUUGUCCAAUGAUGGAACGAACCCUCAUUGGCGAGUCUACUUCUAUGUUUCGCCCUAUGAGCGCACCCGAUCCACACUCCGUGAGAUCGGGCGUGCGUUUUCUAAGAAGAGGAUUAUUGGCGUUAGAGAGGAGUGUAGAAUCAGAGAACAGGAUUUUGGGAAUUUUCAAGUGGAGGAGAGGAUGAAAGUUGUGAAGGAAACGAGGGAGAGAUUUGGGAGAUUCUUCUACCGAUUCCCUGAAGGAGAGUCAGCUGCUGAUGUUUACGAUCGCGUUUCCAGCUUUCUCGAGUCCUUAUGGAGGGAUAUAGACAUGAACAGGCUCCGCCACAACCCUUCUCAAGAUCUCAACCUUAUAAUCAUAUCUCAUGGGCUAACGUCUCGUGUCUUCCUCAUGAAAUGGUUCAAGUGGACAGUCGAGCAAUUUGAGUACCUGAACAAUCCUGAAAACUGCGAAUGCCGGGUGAUGCAGUUGGGAGAAGGUGGGGAAUACAGCUUAGCCAUUCAUCACACAGAGGAAGAAAUGCUGGAAUGGGGGCUUUCUCAUGAGAUGAUAGCUGACCAGAAAUGGAGAGCAAGUGCUCAUAAAGGUCAAUGGAAUGAAAGAUGCCCCUGGUAUCUUCAUGCUUUCUUUGAUAACCUAGCUGACACAGACUGCGACGAUAGCUCCGAUGAACCAUGUCAGGAUCACGAUGAACUAGUUGAAUCUUUUCCAAGUGUAGUGGUCACAGAGGAAUGAAUGACAAUUACACUUUACAUUCUUUGAAUUUGAUAGGUUGAUUGUUGUCAUCUCUCUGAUUAUAGUGUUUUUGAUUUUGCUGUAUUAUUUGGUGUUUUCAGGAAAAUGUUCGUUCUUUCCUAAAUUGUUUAAGAUACAGGGAUCUGAUCUGAUGGGUCGAAAGCAGGACCGGGAUCGGGACCGGGGCCACAUUAAAAAAAAUUAGUGAUCAACGUAGUUAUAGCUCAUGGUUUGUUAAUUGAAAUGUGCAUUAUGAGGUUCACUUAGUAUGGAGCCAUUCUCAUUUUCUAUUAUUAAAUAUUAAAUACAAGCGUGAAGAGAUUCAAGGAUU